AUGGACGACCCACGCCUCCCCGCCUUUCUCCCUGUGGCGGAGCGAACGAGAUUGCUCGCCACCUCCACACGCAGACACAACCCUGCAGGGCUCCAGCCGCGUUUCGUGUGCGGCACCCGUUCAAAUCCGGUGCUCCAAGAAGGCCUCAGCUGUCAGGCGUCGAGUAGGCGUUUGUGGCAGGCUCGCCUCUCAGUUUUCGCGCGCCCAACACAGCGCGAGCCACGCACCCAUAUGCGAGAGGCGGGCGUCGCUUGCACUGACUCCGCGGGCCCCCAGGCUUCGUUACACGCUCCCCCGCGGGCGCUGGCCUCCACGCGCGACUUGUCUACAUCGCCGGUUCCCUUGCCCGGUGCGUGUUUGUUUUCUGACGCGCCAUUGCCUCUCUCCCGCCUCCGGCGUUCUGUGUCCGGCUGGUCUCCCUCCUCGCCCUCCUCCGCACCCGCUUCUGAGCCCCCUGUUUCAUCUCCGCCGUGCUUAGCCGCCACUUCUGCCGCCUCUGCGUCUCCACCCGAUGCGGUGCUGCAGUCGCCUGUACCCCCCGCGGCUUCUGCGCCCGCGCCUUCCUCAGCUGAAGGUGCCGCUGACGCGUCCGCGUCUAACACACUCCACGUGGUCUACAUUAUAGGCCCGACGGGGGUCGGGAAGACUCGCCUGGGCGUGGAGCUCUGCUUGGCGCUUCAGCAGCGGGGGCAACCAGCCGAAAUCAUCAGCGCAGACUCCAUGCAGGUUUACCGGGGCUGCGACAUCGCGACCGCGAAAGCUACGGCGGAGGAGCAGAAGCUCGUCCCGCACCAUCUGCUUGACAUCUGCGACGUGGGCGAGCACUUCAGCGUCCUCAGAUUUCUCCGCUUGGCUACGAAGAAGGUGAGCGAUUUGCAAGCCCGAGGCGUAGUCCCAGUUGUCGUGGGCGGGACGCAGCUGUAUCUGCAGCACCUUUUGUGGCGCUCGCUGCUUGAUCGCUAUCUUGACGCGUCGGAGUCUGACAAGCAGCACUCAGCGUCGUCGCGCUCUCGUGAGUCGCUGGAAAAAUUCUCAGAUGCCGCUCUGUACGACAAACUGAAGGCACUCGACCCAGAACGGGCGGCUCAACUGCACCCGAGAGACAGGCGGCGGGUCAUUCGCAGCAUCGAGACAACUCAGAGUACCGGAGUCCCGCACAGCGAACUCAUGCGGCGCGAACGAGAAGCCAGCAUUCAAGAGGGGUUGAGGUACCCAAGCUGCAUUCUCUGGCUCGACUGCAGAGACGGAGACAUUCACCAGCGUAGACUCGAAACCCGGGUAGACCAGAUGCUGCAGCAUGGUCUCCUGCGAGAGUGCGGGUGGGUCGUGGACACUCUGGGCGUCGCAGACCGCUGGCUGCGGAGCGACGCGCGCGGCGGACAGCCUUUGAACGAAGACGAGGAACACGCGCGGCUGCCAGAAGGACAGAGGGGGCAAAGGGACUCGACGGCGGAGGCGAGCGGGCAGAAGGCGGAGGGGGAAGGCUGCGGGAAGGCGGCAAGCGAAGAAAGCGGAAACGACCAGGACGAAGACGCUGAAGAAGCAGGAAAGAAACAACCUGGCGUGCUCCAGAGCAUAGGCUACAAGGAAUUCGUCCCCCUUCUGCUUCACCAACGCCACGACGAGCAACUUCGCGGCGCUGCCUCGUCUUCGUCUCCUCGCUCUCCGCCGGCGUCGCUCGCGUCUGGCUCGUCGUGUCGGUUUGGCUGCCCAGCGGGCACUCUGUGCCCUCCCACAGUGGCGUCGUCGGCUGCGUGCCUCGUGCUGCGGUCGCGGCAGUACGCGAAGAAGCAAAGGCGGUGGAUUAUAAACAAGUUCCUUCUCCGUCAACAGAAUCUUCCUCUGUACCUUCUCGAUACCAGCAACGGAGAGAAUCCACACGCGUGGGAGAAGGAGAUUCGAGAUCCUGCUACCCGUAUCGUGGAAGACUUCUUGAGGGGCGCGCCUUUCAAGGAAGAUCAUCCGUACGCUGCGGCCGCACAUCUCUCCGACAGAGAAAAGGCACGGCGAGAGACGCUGAGGGCGCUCUCUCAGCAGGGGCCGGAUAACCCGCCCCAGGUGGGAAUAGACCCGUGGGUCGACGGCGGCUUGAACGGGUGA